CCGGAAGUGUUUUUGUCCGCAAUUUCUGACAUCGUUCCAGGAUCCGGAGACGGCGAUGAUCUGAAGAUGUCGAGCAGCAGCGCGGUGUUCGAGAGCAGGCUGAAGGCGGUGCUGGAGUCCGCGGUGACGGAGAUCCUCCAGCUCCACGAGCAAGGCCUGGCUCUGCUGCGGCUGGAGAUCCGCCAGAGAGACGCGCAGAUCGGCGUGAUGCGGAGCAGAGCCGCGGAGCUCCAGAGACUCGGGCGUCUUGUUCAGAAACCUGCUUCUCAUCUUCAUCCCGACAGGCAUCUAGACUCCAGCCAGACAAACACUGAUCCAGAAACACACACACAGAUCACCUGCGCAGACGGAGCAGAUGCGCAGCUCGUCGAUCCUCGCGGCGAGGAACACUUCGGUGGACUGCUGGAGGUGGAGAUGAAGCAGAGCUUUCUGUCUGAAAUCGCAGGCCCGGACCGGAAGGAAAACACAGAAACAACAGACGAUCCGCGCCGCUCGCAGGUCCCCGCAGGCGCAUGCGCAUGCGCAGUCACGACUGCGGAAAGCGGCCCGUCUGUCGCUGCCAGACAAACAUUAAACAACCUCAGCUUUGAGUCUGGAAACCAGAGCUCGUGGCUCGACGGAACGGAGCCAGACGUCGUCCGAACGUUUCCGGGUGAGAGCGUUCACCACAGCUGCGCAGACGGACGCGCAGACGUCGCGGUGCGCGAGAAGUGGUUCAUCUGUUCGUUCUGCGGGAAGAGUUUCGACCGCUUCAGUCACCUGCAGAUGCACCGGCGCAUUCACACGGGAGAGAAACCCUUCCGCUGCGCGACCUGCGGAAAACACUUCUCGCAGCAGAGCAAUCUGCGCACGCACCAGAAGAUCCACCGCAAGGCGCGCACGCGCACGUGAAAAGGGGACGCACCGAUCGCUCGAAAGAACGCUGAUUAUUUAUCAAACCCUUUUGAUUCAACUCAAUUAAAAAAACGGUAAUUGCGA